UUCGUGCUGCUGUUCUGCUCUGUUCCUGUUGGCGCGGACAACUUUUGUUUUUAUUUUUUUUGGCGUUUGAGGAAGAAGUGUAUAUGUUGUUGCUUGAUCGUGCAUCCUCAAGAUGAACAUCGUGACUGAUCGCAGAGGCUUUUUAUUUUUAGCCCUGCAGUGUGGUGCUACAAAGUGAAACAAGUCUAGGAUUUGGAUUUGGACAUUCCUUUCCUUCUCUCUCUCUCUCUCUCUCUCUGUAAUGUGUGUGUGGGUUUGUCAGGACCGGAACGGUGUCCAUGCUGGAGGAGAAGAAGAAGAAAAAGGCAACGCAAUUCUAGGCUAUAAAUAGCGCAUGCAAAAAAAAAAAAAAAAAAUCUAGGAAAGGAAAAAAAGCCUCACACAACUGCUGCUGCACGGUUUUUUUUCGUGUCCAUGUCUCGCGCGGAAUGCCGUGGAUCUCGGUAGCUCUCUCUCUCUCUCUCUCGCUCUCUCUCUCUCUCACACACACACACACACACACACACUCGCUCUCUCUCUCGCGCUCUGUUUAUUGUUCCUAACCGAGACAGCUCAAUAAAACGUGUCACUGGGAUUAUGGGAAACUUCUGCGACUUGGAGAUGGUCAGUCUUUAGACCUUUGGAUGGAUUUUGUGCUUGGAAAACGAGACACCGUGGUGGAUUACACAGCAGCGUGAGAUUUCUGGUGUUUUAUAUAAAUAUAUAGAUAUAUAUAUUUAUUUAUUUAUAUAUAAACACACACACAUACACACACACACAUAUAUAUAUAUAUUAUUAAUAUAUAUAUAUAUUUUUUUAUGAUUAAAACAAUCAAGCGGGAACAAGAACAAGAAGCAGAAGAGGCAGACGAGAAGGCGAUCUAGCAUGGACGCGGUUCUUCGCGCGUUCCGGUUCGGUUUGAAAACGCACGGCUACACGCCACACCGCGCGCAACAAUGAUCCGGUUUCCGAGUGUGAAACGGCCCGGUGUUAUUUCCGCACACAUCCGGAUCGGCGAAACAAAGAAUCGAUUUGCAUGAGCACAGGAUUCUCCGUUACACUCUGUGUCUCUUUCACACACACACACACACACACACCUUCAACACGCCUUUUUUUUCUUUCUUUCUAGAAAACCACAGGCUUUAUAAACAGCGAUCCUGUUGUUGCAUCUUCUUCUUCCUUUUUUCUAUAUUUUUUGGGUGAAUACGGAACCGUUCUGGUACCGUGGGCUCGAUCCUAAUACAGAUCGAUCGAGGAUUUCGACAUGCCCUACACUGAGGAAGCCAUCGGCGGACCACUAUGACUACAGCGGCGAAUUGGGUGGCGAACGGGGCAAGCCUCGAAGACUGCCAUUCCAACCUUUUCUCUCUGGCGGAGUUGACGGGCAUCAAAUGGCGCUGCUACAACUUCCGCGGCGGCGGCGAAUAUGGACCCGUGAUCUCGGCUCCGGCACAAGACGACCCGGUGCUGUGCAGCUUUACACGCUGCGUCCAAGCCAAUCUGCUGUGUGUUUGGCGACGCAAACUCAAACCUGACGCUAAGGAGCUCUGGAUCUUCUGGUGGGGUGACGAACCCAACCUCAGUGACAUCAUACACCAUGAGCUCGAAGUGGUGGAAGAAGGACUGUGGGAAUGUGGGCUUUCCUACGAGUGCAGGACACUCCUCUUCAAGGCUGUUCACAACCUACUGGAACGGUGCCUCAUGGACAAGGACUUCGUGCGCAUCGGCAAGUGGUUUGUCAAGCCAUACGAGCUUGAAGAGAAGCACCUGGGUGCCAGCAGCAGCGAGCACCUCUCGUGCUCCUUCUCCUUCUUCCUGCAUGGUGAGAGUAACGUGUGCACCAGCGUGGAGAUCUCACAGCACCAGCCUGUCUACCACAUCACUGAGGAGCAUGUGCGCCUGGCCCAGACAUCCAGCAGUCCCAUACAGGUGAUCCUGAGUCCGUACGGAUUGGGCGGCACUCUGACAGGCCAGGUGUUUAAGAUGAGCGACCCGGCGGUACGGAAGCUGAUAGAAGAGUGGAGCUACUUCUACCCAAUGGUGCUAAAACACAGCAGCAGAAAGCAAGACAGCGACCUCAGCUACGACCCCCACAGCCAUGUGGCUCUGGAGGUCAUUGUUGGUGGUGUAAGAAUGAUCUACCCAGCAGCUUUCGUGCUGAUUGCCCAAGCUGAUCUGCCUGUAGAACAGCCUCCUCCUGCCCAAGGAACCCAUAGCGGCACUAGAGACUCAUCAAACUGCGGCAUUCCCCUCACCCCUCCCACCUCCCCAGAGCAGCCCUGCUCCGGCGACAGCGGCUUUCAGACCGCAGUCUCUAGCGUGAGUAGUCAAGAGAGCGGAGCCACCCACAGCCCGAAGCAUUCAGAGAAAAAGCUGAGUAAUCAGAUGGUCCAUCAAGCAUGGAAGGAAUGCUAUAUGAACCAAUUACAGCGCAAAUGCAAUCUGUCAAACGGCAUGGUGCCAAAGAAGGAAGUAACGAGCGAAGUGGCAGUAUGGGAUUUCACUGACCCUGCUGAGAGAGCCCCAUGCAGCUGUAACAGGUUGAGGCAGCAGUCGAAGCAGCAGCAGCAAGCAAAUGGCUUCUCUGCCAAUUCCCAGCCAAAUACAAACACCUCUUCCUCUUCCAGCUCUUCCUCUUUAUCCUCCUCUUUACCCCCACCUUCAACAGCGAAAAACAAGACUACCGACAAAGCAGACAAGUCUGAUAAAGUUCCCAAACGGGCAGCCAUAACUCCCUUCCACCACCGCCUCUCUGUAGACCAGCAGCCAUGCCCGGAGCAGGAUGCACCUCCCGGACCCCAACUGGUACUCACAGCCUUGGACACUUCUCUGGAUACAUUACCUGGCUGCAAAUACUCUAAGCCAUUGUUUAGUGGCAGGAAAGGGCCUGAGUCUCUCCUCCAUUCACCAGUAUCUCCACUACCACCUACACUAAGCCCACAUCCUAGGGUGCAGGACCCCGAGGUUCUGGAGGCACCCAUGGAUGUUUCCCAAUGCCUAGAGGGCACUUCUUUGCCUACAGUCUCGGAAAUUAGUGACACUGCUCUGUAUACAGCCUCUCUCGUGCCCAGAGAAGCCAGUGGGGGCUGGUGGAGGAGUUAUCGGAUUCCCAAGAUAGACAAAUUUGACUUUAAGCCAUCAGAUUUGCCCUAUGAUAUGGUGGAGAUCAGAGCUGAGGGUGAAGGAACUGCCUUGAAGAGUUUUUUUGCACAGACGCACAAGAGGUUUAAGAUUUCAGAAGAGCGGCUCCAGGAGCACAUAAGCACUCUGGGAUUCUUGCAGCAGACGGGGGUUGAAGUACUUGGGGAAGCUGGCGAGGAUCCCUAUGACUUCAAGGAAGGGGACAUUGAGUACAGCUUUCCCACUUCCAAAAGACUGAAGAGUCGAGAUCCCAGUCGGAAAUCGAAGGGAGAGGAGGUCAAUGGCAACAGCGCGGUCCCUGAAGGUAAAGACGCCAUGUCCAUUUUCAGCUCUGCUCCUAAAUUCGGAGAGGAAUUGGCUCAGGACGAGACUGGGGGAAAAGCCAACCCGCCUCUGACGAGAGAAAAAGAUCUGAUAGUGCUCAUAUCUGACUUGGAAAACAUCUUUGGGGAGGAGGAAGAUGAUCUGGGAACUACUUUUCCUAAUCAUCAGCAGCCAUCAAAGACUAUGGUGCCAGGAGCUGAAGAGCGCCCCCUGGGGAUUGAUGGGAGAGUAGCAGUGCCAUAUCCCUCAACAGUAGCAGAGCUUCAGCGGAUGUUUCCCACUCCUCCGUCUCUGGAGCAGCACCCAGCAUUCUCGCCAAUCACAACCUACCGAGACACACCCAGUCAAGAAACCCCUGCACCCUUAGCAGGACACGAGCAUACCCUCAACACACACACCAACAGCCAGCUUAGUGACUUCAGGUCUGAGAUGGAUGAGAGUGUGACAAGCCCUAAAGCAGAGGACAUACGGCCACAGAUGGGUUGUUCAAUGUUUGCCCCCCUUCGGACAUUACCCAGCCAAUGUCUUGCCCCUCUGAAGAUCCCUGAGCAGUGCUACUAUAGACCGUCAUGGUCCAUGCUUCCGAAGAUGGAGCCCUACUGCCUUCCCAACCAAACUUCUUUCGUACGAGAUGGAUAUGUUAAUGUUCCCAGCAUUGGUGCUCUGCAGGACCAAGACUACGCCCAGAUGAGCACCGGUACCGCUUCUGUUGGCACAGCGGGUGGAGUCUUGCCUUCACCAGCGACACCACGUUUCUCUGUCCCCACUCCACGCACCCCGCGCACCCCACGUGGUGUAGGCACUGCCAGUGGGCAGGGCUCGAUAAAGCAGGAUGGUACAGAGUUGAGCUCGCCCAUCUCCACACCAUCCACUGGUCUACCCCUGAGUUCGGUGGAGCCUCUGGCAUCGGGGCCGGUUUUGCCAGAGGCGCACAGCCUCUACGUCAUCCUCCUCCUCUCUGAUUCUGUCCUGGAUGUGUUUAAGGAUCGAAGCUUUGACAGCUGCUGCAUCUGUGCUUGCAAUAUGAACGUGAAGGGUGCUGAUGUGGGUAUUUAUAUCCCUGACUCCACCCGUGAGGAUCAGUAUCGCUGUAUGUGUGGCUUCAGCGCCAUCGCUAACCGACGUCUGGCGCAUGGUGCUGGACUUUUUCUGGAGGAUGAGUUGGACAUCUUUGGACGUGGCUCGGAGGCCGGACGGGCAGCUGAAAGAAGGCUGGCACUGGGCAGAAGGGACACGCCUACUGGUGGGAAGCGGGCUCAGGAGCAGACACCAAUGGAGGUGUUAGAAUUGAUUCAGGAGCAGUGUUCUCAGCCUAUUUUGUCCGUGGCAUCACUGCAUAGUCCUGCUGCUUGUUCUUGCCGUAGCAGGCAGAGGGCACUGUUGCAGAGCUGGGUGGCUGAUCGGCUGUGGGCAGACAGUAGCGAUGCAUGUGUGGAGUGUUACAACGCUCUUGUGCAGGGGUUGCAGUAUGUCGACAAUGCAGCUGGUGGGAAAGUGGAGCAGGCGUUAGUGAGGAGCAGCGCCCUUCAUUCCUGGCCUCACACUAAUGUGUUGGAUAUCAGCAUGCUGUCCUCUCAGGAUGUAGUACGCAUGCUGCUGUCCCUGCAGCCCUUUUUACAAGAUGCCAUUCAGAAGAAGCGAACUGGCCGGACCUGGGAGAACAUUCAGCACGUUCAGGGCCCACUCACGUGGCAGCAGUUCCACAAAAUGGCUGGACGAGGUUCUUACGGUUCUGAGGAAUCACCAGAGCCGCUCCCCAUUCCCACACUGCUGUUGGGGUAUGACCGAGAUUUCCUGGCCCUGUCCCCUCUGGCUCUGCCCUUUUGGGAGAAAUUACUUCUGGAGCCCUAUGGGGGUCAGAGAGAUGUUGCUUUCCUAGUUCUCUGCCCUGAUAAUGACAUCCUGCUUGCUGGAGCCAGAACCUUUUUUCAGGAGCUUAGUGCUGUGUAUGAGUCGUGUCGUUUGGGGAAGCACCAUCCACUGGCCCGGGUGUCCAGAGAUGGUGUAGUACCAGUGGGACAGAUGGAAUCUGAGAAGCUGGAGGAGAAUGGAGGAGAAGUGGAUGAAUGGAUGACUGGCCCAUGGGCAGGUCAAUAUCGAGAGGAUCAACUAAACAAACUCAAGCUCUAUGCCCAAACGUGCAAGCAGAAAUUAGCCCCACAGCUCGCUACUCUGUCAUUAGACAGCAGUCUCCUUCAGCCCCCAAAGCCUCAGCCUAGCCUCGCUCCUGCUCCUUCCGCCCAGACAAACCCUGGCUCUGGGGCCCCUGAAGGAGAAACAUCAACAUCAGCAGCAGCAGCAACAACAGCAGCAGCAGGAGUCCCUGGAUCAGGAAACACUCCCACGCCAACGAGUACCAGCACGGGCCAGGCCAACACUGAAGGUGCAGAUACACAAAGCGUCCCUAACACAACGCCAAACCAGCAGAGCCAUCCGACAGAGAGUGCUGAGAGCUUGGCAGAGCGAGAGCGAAUCGGAAUUCCGACGGCAGCACAGUCUGCGGAUAGCCACGCCUACCCCCCAUCCGUAGUGCUGUACCUGGUUGACCCCUUUUUGUGCUCAGGCUCAGGGGUGGGGUCAGGGGAGGAAGAGGAGGCCGAAGAGGUGGAGUCACGGAGCAUGUGGUUGCUGGCACUUUUGCGUUGCUACACAGAUAUGCUAAGCACACUGCCAGAGAACAUACAGCCAGCGCUGGUGCUACAGGUGGUGCCAUGUCAGUAUCUAUUACAGCCAGCCAGUGGCGAAAGUCCUCUGUACCUGCAGCACCUGCGGUCUUUGGCUUUCUCUGCCCACUCGCAGUGCAGACGCCGACUUCCUACGCAGACGCACAUCAAAUCCCUUACAGGCUUUGGUCCAGCUGCGACCAUCGGCUCUUUAUUUAAGAGUGUGACGAACCCCAGCUCUAUGCAACUGUACUCUCCUCCAUUUGUCCUGGCCCCCCUGCGCACUAAGCAACCAGAAGUAGGUGAGGAAGCUACCGCCCGCUACAAUGUGCUCUUUGUCGGAUAUUGCCUGUCCCAUGACCAGCGCUGGAUCCUUGUUUCUUGCACCGAUCAGCAAGGGGAGCUCCUAGAGACCUGCAUUAUCAACAUUGAUGUCCCUAACAGGUCUCGUCGCCCCAAGUUUUCCCCACGCAAAAUAGGCCUGCAGAAACUGUGGGAGUGGUGCAUUGGUAUCAUCCAAAUGACAGCAAUUCCUUGGAGGAUUGUGAUCGGACGCUUGGGGCGGUUAGGUCAUGGCGAGCUGAAAGACUGGAGUGUGUUGCUGGGUGAACACUCUCUGCACUCGAUUAGCAGACAGCUGCGUGAUGCAUGCCGCAUGUGUGGCAUUUCAGCUGCCGAUUCGCCAUCUAUCCUCAGUGCCUGCCUGGUUUCCAUGGAGCCCCAAGGGUCCUUUGUGGUCAUGCCAGAUGCUGUGACCAUGGGUUCGGUGUUUGGCCGCAGCACAGCUCUCAACUUGCAGACGUCUCAGCUCAACACCCCACAGGAUGCUUCCUGUACCCACAUCUUGGUCUUUCCAACUUCCUCCACCACGCAAGUGGCCCCAAGUUCCUAUCCUACUGAGGACAACCCAGAUGAUAUAUUCGGCCUGCCGUUCACAGACGACCUGGAGAAAGAUAUUGAGCAUGAUAUGAUGCUGAUCACCGGAAACCUUCACGCUUCCCCUAACACCUCGCCUGUGCCUUCCCCUGGUUCCCCCUCUGGUCUGGGGGUGGGCUCCCACUUCCCUCACACUCGGAGUCAGGGUGAGCGGUUGCUGUCCCGCGAGGCUCCUGAAGAGCUGAAGCAGCAGCCUUUGGCUUUAGGCUAUUAUGUCUCCACCGCUCAGGCAGAAGGACUGCCUCACUGGUUCUGGGCUUCAUGUCCUCAAGCGCAGAAUCAGUGUCCGCUCUUUCUCAAGGCCUCACUACAUCACCACAUCUCCAUAGCUCAGACAGACGAGCUUGUCUCCAGCAAGACGUCCCAGAGGAACCCACAUCCAUUGGACUCCAAAACCACUUCAGAUGUGCUCAGGUUUGUGCUGGAGCAGUACAACGCCCUCUCCUGGUUAACCUGCAGCCCGGCCACCCAAGACCGCCGCUCCUGCCUCCCUGUGCACUUAGUCAUCCUCACACAGAUGUAUAACGCCAUCCUCAACAUCUUAUAGGACUAAAUGAGUGAGGCGGGCAUUUUGGAAGCAGCCGCACACCUCAGAAACGGGUGAUUGGGACCAUUUGUUCUGAAAUGUAGCCACCAUUUGGGGUUGAGGUUGAACGGGAAACUCUUUGCUCUAGCACUGCCUUUCUUUACGGGCCGGAUUUCUGGAUUUCUGGGCUUUUGACUUUGAACCAACGAAGGCAGCUUGUGCUCUAUCCAUAGAGGCCAGUCAUCUUUUUUUUGGGGGGUGAAAGCAUGCAACCAUCUAAGAAAUAAGCAUAGUACAAUCACUACCCUUUAACUCUCAGCCGCGGAUGGGACAAUAUGGUCCCGUCUGGAGGAAAGGGUUUUGAAUCUUGCACUUUUUGAAUAGAAAAUUGAGCUUCAAAUGGCAGCCAUACUUUUUAAAUGUCUUUUUUUUCCACUGCAGCUUUCUUCCAUGUAAGACCCAAGCAAAGUUGGCUGGAUUAAUUAUUGAGUAAUAACACUAGGAUGGAAGCUAAGAACAUCAGAGAACUUCUGGUUGCCAUCAUCUGUCUUAUAACUUGCCCACAUUGCUAUGAAAUGUGUGGAUUGACUGGUAGACCUGAUUUAAACGCUAUGUUCACAUUGCACAGUUUUUUGCUUAUUGGAUGAGCUUUCUUGCUGAAAGGUUCAUAUUUGUAAUUGCAAUUUGCCCAUAUCUUUAUUGGGGGGAAAAAAUCCUCAAUCUGACCACUUUCAAUUAUGUCAAAUGGCCAAUUAUAAGAUACUGUCUAAUCUACAGUAGAAACACAUAUGAAAAUAUGACUUAUUGCUGAUUUGAAAAAGAUUGGCCCACUGUAUUCACACAAAUUCAGCCCCAUUAAGGAAAACAAAAAAAAAAUUAUGUCAGUUUUUGUCAAUGUGAACGUAGCCUAAAUUUCAGCUACAGCUAUAUUACCACAAGCCCUGAAGAUUCAUGGAACAUCAAACACUCAUUUCCUCUACGGCCGAAACCAAUAUGCAAGAUACUCUCCAACGCACUCCAAACAGCCCAGUGUAAUCAGCCCGGAGGCUAAUGGACCAGCAAGAGAAGCCCAGCUAAACCUUUUUUUUUUUUUAAAGAAAAAACAUCUUUGUAAUCUAUUGUAUAAAGCUCUUCUUAAUCUCUCUCUCUCAAUUUCUACUUAAAACUGAACCCGUGAGUGAGAGAGAGAGAGAGAGAGAGAGAACGCAACAAACUUCGUUAAUUAAUAACGGCACUUUCUUCCUCGCAACCCUCUUGUAGAUAAACUCGCCAGCUAAUAUUUGACAAUGAAAUCUAAACUCUUGUUUAUAGUGUAGACUUUGCAGAGAAUUAUUUUUAUUAUUGCAAGCAAAAAAAAAGAUAAUUUCUUUUUUUUUUCCAAAUUCAAAUCGAGAGCAUUGAGAUGGUAAUUUUAAAGACGAUUGUACAACAAAAUGUUAAAAUGCCAUAUUUAUAUAUUAUAUAUCCCAUUGUAUACAUUACAUUUAUAUCAAAUCUCUUUCUAGCUACCACAAAAGGGUAAUAUUGUGUAGGGAUAUACAUUUUAAAGAAAAAAAGGUCUUUCAUGAGACAAAACAGUAUAAAGCGUUUAUGAAAUGAAUGCAUUAAGUUGCCUAUUUUUUAAUUUACACUCGUCUUUUUUGCUUUUUAAUUUAACGCGUUAAGUUAAUAGCUAAACAAUGCAGAAAUGAUAUAUUUAUGAAGUGUUUUCUAUCACUGCAAAAUGAACUUGAACUAGGCAAUAGAUUGAAUUCAGUGUAUAUGAACAUGAAACAUAUUGUACAUUUGAACUAAUAUGCAUUAUUUGUAAGGCAGUCUUUAAAGAUGUCAAAUUCAGCUGUCAGAAAAAGGCCUGUUUCUUAUUCAUGGUCAAAAAUGUUGCCCUGUAAUUUGUAUACUUCCUUGCAUGUUUGUAUAUACACUUUUCAGCAGUGUUUUUUUUUCAUAUUUUUUGAAGCUGUACAUUUCAUGGCAUUAUUGAAUUAUUUUAUUCAUGACUCCUAUGAAGUUUUUUUUUGUUUUGUUUUGAUUUUUUUUUUAAGAUAUAAUUAAACAGUAUACCCACCUCAUUCAAAUACAGCCAAGGGUGCAUUGCCAAGACUUAUGUAUACUAAGGACAAAUACUUUGGGGGCAGGUUUGUUACACCUACCAUCAUUUUGAAUAUUCAGCAGAUCUGUCUCUGGGAUAAAAAAAAGGAUCUGUAACUUUUACACUUUUUUUAAAGUAAAUUAUUCAA